GACGCAGCCAAUGUACCUAGUUAUCAUAAUAUUGAACGACUUAUUGCAGAGUUCACUGGAGUCAAGUCAAUUGAGCACGAUAUGUGUCCGGACACCUGCGUCACAUUCACGGGUCCCUUUGCUGAACUCACAAAUUGUCCUAUCUGCGAUACAGACCGCUACGACCCCAUCAAGCUUCGUACUAGU